AUGUCGGACAAAGAAGCGAUUGAUCUGACCGGCGAGGCGUCCGAGCUACGGAGUUUGCAUGUGGUUGAUCAAGAGAUAAAGGAGGUAGAGGCAGAGAUUGAGCGGCUGCUGGCGCGGCAGGCGGCCCUGCGUCAGGAGCGGGAAGCGCUCACGCGGCAGGCGGCUGUGGAGAAGCGCGCUCCGCGUGCAGACUGGGCAGCGGCAGCGUUCCAGUGGGAUCAGGAGGUGCGCGUGUUCACGGUCGUGCGGCUGCGGCGCGAUGUUUUCGGGCUGGACGGCUGGCGCCCCCUGCAGCGGGAGGUUAUCAACGCCACGCUGCGCGGCCGCGACGUGCUGUGCCUGAUGCCAGCUGGCGGCGGCAAGUCCCUCACGUACCAACUGCCGGCGCUGGUGGGUCAGGGCCUCACGCUGGUCAUCAGCCCGCUGCUGUCCCUCAUCCAGGACCAGGUGCUGGGCCUGCAGGCCAUUGGCGUCGCCGCAGCGUCCCUCACGUCGCUGACACCCAAGGAUGAGGUCACCUCCCUGUACCAGCAGAUGGCGCCAGGCGGCGGCCUGCGGCUGAUGUACGUGACCCCCGAGAAGGUGGCGGGCAGCAAGAGGCUGAUGUCAAAGCUGGAGAAGCUCUACGCAGCGGGGCAGCUGCUGCGGGUGGCCGUGGACGAGGCGCACUGCGUCAGCCAGUGGGGCAACGACUUCCGCCCGGACUACAAGCGGCUCUGCGUCCUCAAGGAGCUGUUCCCCAACACGCCCCUCCUCGCGCUCACCGCCACCGCCACCGAGAAGGCGCGCCGCCCGCGCCUCGCUGAAGCCACGCCUCGCCUACGUGCCGGGCGCACAACAGAACCAAGGGGCUGA